ACCCUUCUUCCUUGUUUGCAAGCUACCAAUUUUUAGUCCAGUCAAACAGAUGAACAGUAUCUACAUUUUGUUUUAAGCUGUUUUCUAGUGACAGUUAUUUGGAUACAUCAUUAACAAUGAGCUAAUGAGGUGCGAUUUACCCUGGCACAGAACAUGUGCCCUCUGUUCAGAGCAGCUCGCCGACAACACAGCUACAGUAACACGCGAGCUAUGGCCGGCCUGUCCAGCUACGCCGUACGUAUGGCGCGUCUCAGUGCACGUAUCUUUGGGGAUGUGGCGCGUCCUACGGACAACAAGUCCAUGAAGGUGGUCCAGCUGUUCAAGGAGCCGCCCAUGGCCCAGAAAAAGGAGGUGUACGACUGGUACCCUCAACACAAGAUCUACUAUGCCCUUACACAGAAGCUACGAUACAUGGGACUCUUCAGAGAUGAACACGAGGACUUCAAGGAGGAGAUGCGCCGGCUGAGGAAGCUGAGAGGCAAAGGGAAACCCAAGAAGGGCGAGGGAAAGAGAGCCAGCAAGAAGAAAUGAGCACUUCCUUUCCCUGUCAUACCUGUGGAUAAACCCAGCCUUGCUCCGUCAUACCUGUGGAUAAACCCAGCAUUGCCCUGUCAUACCUGUGGAUAAACCCAGCAUUGCCCUGUCAUACCUGUGGAUAAACCCAGCAUUGCCCUGUCAUACCUGUGGAUAAACCCAGCAUUGCCCUGUCAUACCUGUGGAUAAACCCAGCCUUGCCCCGUCAUAUAGGACCUAUGGGGGAAUCACAACAGUCCUCGUUUGCUUUGGGACACCAGAGGAAUGGCCUCCCUAACUGUGUUCACAACGGUAACAUGUGACCCCACUCAGGAUGUUCAUAAUGACUGGAUCCUUGGAACAGCUGAUGAUGUGUGUUGAGAGGAUCCUUUCCUGUCCCCAUCACAGAAGAUCCUGUCUGACAAGUGACCGGUCUUUGACCGCUGUGUGUUUGGUACAUAAAGCAUUGGGGCGGCAGGGUAGCCUAGUGGUUAGAGCGUUGGACUAGUAACCGGAAGGUUGCAAGUUCAAACCCCCGAGCUGAUAAGGUACAAAUCUGUCGUUCUGCCCCUGAACAGGCAGUUAACCCACUGUUCCUAGACCGUCAUUGAAAAUAAGAAUUUGUUCUUAACUGAUCCUGUCUGACAAGUGACCGGUCUUUGACCGCUGUGUGUUUGGUACAUAAAGCAUUUCUGUUCAUUGCUUUCCAAGAUGUUUCACUUGUAUCCAAGGUGUUAUGCUUUCCAAGAUGUUUCACUUGAAUCCAAGGUGUUAUGCUUUCCAAGAUGUUUCACUUGUAUCCAAGGUGGUAUGCUUUCCAAGAUGUUUCACUUGUAUCCAAGGUGUUAAGCUUUCCAAGAUGUUUCACUUGUAUCCACGUUGUUAUUGGCUUUCUGUUCUCAUUAGUCUCUGUACAGUGACCGGGUGAAGGAGAACUGGAGGGCGUCAGUACAUAGAACUGUGAUGCUGGUAUGUUCCUAUUGACUGAGACAAAGCUGGUUGUUUUACACCUGUUCUGAGUAACACCAGGUGUCGUGAAUAAAAUACUGAAAACAAAUCUGCUGAAAUGGGA